CGCGGCGGCGGCGGCACUUCCGUCGCGGGCGGCGGGCGGGCGAUGGCGGCGCAGUUCCGCAGCUACGUGUGGGACCCCGCGCUGAUCGUGUCGCAGAUGGUCCUGCUGCAGGCGGGAUACUACAGCUCCCUCGGGCUCUGGCUCGCCCUCCUCGGCACCCUGGGCAGCACCGGGCCCUCCCUCCAGCAGGUGUUCAGCGACGAGAUUUUAGGCUUCUCAACCCCGCCGGGGAGGCUCUCCAUGAUGGCUUUCAUCCUCAAUGCACUCACCUGCGCUCUGGGCUUGCUGUACUUCAUCCGCCGGGGGAAGCAGUGCCUGGAUUUCACCGUCACCGUUCACUUCUUCCACCUCCUGGGCUGCUGGAUCUACAACUCGCGCUUCCCCUCGACGCUGACAUGGUGGCUGGUGCACAUCGUGUGCACGGCGCUGAUGGCGGCCAUCGGCGAGUACCUGUGCAUGAGAAUAGAGCUGCGGGAGAUCCCCCUCAACUCCGCCCCCAAAUCCAACGUAUAGACUGCCGCUGGCAACCACGCGCUGCGUUUUGUCAUUGUUCCCGGCACAAUGCAUCCAAUGCCUCAGAAUCAUCCCUGAAGAAGCACAGCAGGUCUGUUUAGACUUUAUGGUUUUGGUUUUUUUUUCCUUUGGACCUCGGUGACUGCAUGAGUGUGAGCAUCUCCUCUGGCAUCGUCUGACAGCGGGGGAGGAGCAGAUGUUUAUUUUGUUAACACAAAGUAUUAAUAUGACUGGAUGGAGAGUGUGCCCUUAAACUCUUCACUCGUGGGACUGUUAAAAGCCAGGUAGCAAAACGUGAGGAGCAUUUGGAAUUUAACGAUGUGGGAGUGCCCUGGAUGGGUAACACAAUGGUCAGCUCUUCUUGCUGGAGCUGGCACGGUGAGCACUGGGGCUGGGAGCUGCUGCUUCCAAUCUGUGACUUCUUUGGGCAUUGCUUGGGAAAGAGUCAAGGAAGUGAAUGGAUGGGGAGAAAGAAAACAGUUGUGCUUACCUGAAUCACCAGCUGAGACACUAAAUAAUAACCUGUAAUGUUAGAUGGGUUUGUUUGCUGUUUCCAUGUUUGAUACAUAGAGGUGACAGACAGCAGUUUGCUGAAGAAAUCUUUUGUAAUAAUAAAAAUAUAAUGUUGCUGUGAGUGUUACGGCUCUCCUGGGAAGCUGAGCACUUCAAGAAAUACCAUGAGUGUCUGUAUCAUGGCAACAGGAGGAUGCAGCCAGAGAACACUUGGCUGUGAGGUGCCCACUGUCUGGGGCACAUAAAAUUUCCUACAAUAAACAUUUCAUACCUCUGCUCUGAAA